UGCGCCAUCUUUGACGAAAAAUAGCCCAUCUUUAUUAUUUUUGUUUUUUAAAAGUGUAGAAAAGUAUGGUAUAACACUAAACCGCAUUAAAUAACCGAAGCAUACGUCUGGUCCUUUUCGUAUCUAACGUGUUAUAACACAGUAACCGUCUUCGGGAAACACAGCUGGCGAGAUGUCACUUGUGGAUUUGGGAAAGCGUUUGUUGGAAGCAGCUCGCAAAGGACAGGAUGAUGAAGUGAGGUCACUUAUGGCCAAUGGAGCUCCGUUUACUACAGACUGGCUGGGAACCUCACCGCUUCAUUUAGCUGCACAAUAUGGGCACUACUCGACCGCUGAGGUGCUUCUCCGGGCUGGCGUGAGUAGAGAUGCCCGCACUAAAGUCGACCGUACACCACUCCAUAUGGCAGCAGCAGAGGGCCACUCAAGCAUUGUUGAGUUAUUGGUUAAGAGCGGAGCAGACAUCAAUGCCAAAGACAUGCUGAAAAUGACCGCCUUGCACUGGGCCACAGAACAUGGGCACAGGGGAGUUGUGGAGCUGUUGGUCAAAUAUGGUGCAGAUACUCACGCCCUCAGCAAGUUUGAUAAGACACCUUUUAACAUUUCAGUGGACAGAGGAAACACUGAUCUGAUGCUCUUGUUACAGGAGGGAAUGCAGAACCAAGUGAACAUGAAUCCAGAGAGGACUAUCCUGAACAGCACUUCGCCCGCCACCUCCAGCCCUCAGUUCAUCAUCUCCUCCUCUGGGGUGGUCAAUCUUUCUGAUAUUGUUCUCACCAAUGCUAAGUCCAAUACAGCUUCUUCAGAGAGUGUGAUUGCUGCUGAUUCGGUAGACUCUGCCAUUCAGCAUCUUGUAGGGGAGGAUGGUCAGAGAGUUAUCACUAUAGUAACCGACCAACAGGGAAACCUGCAGCCUGGCAACUUGGGACAUAAAUUCUUUGUCACCAUGCAGGGGCAGCAAAUGGUUGCAGUGCCAGCAGGCCAGAUUGCAGAAGAAAUCGUAACAGAGGAACCCAAACCAGUUCCAUCACGAAAGCGGAAAUUUGAAUCAACGAUCAACCACACAGAUGUCAAGCAUAAGGAGCCCGAUGAGAAGGACAGUCGGGAAGUACUGGAACAGCAGCUAAAAGAAGCGAACAGAAAAGCGCAGGAGUACCGACAGCAGUUAAUGCGGAAGGAACAGGAAGCUGAGCAGUACAGGCUGAAACUAGAAGCCAUUGCCAAUGGACAGACCAAUGGCACAGAGCCCCAGGAGGAAGUAGUGCUCCAGGAAGAGGAAGAAGAGGAGGAGGUGGUUGGUGAAGAGGAAGUUGUCAUGUUGCCAGAAGGCGCCAUCAUCAUUAAAGAAGAACCUCUGGAUUCAACAACAGGAGAAACAGUGACAUUAGUGGAGUCGGCAGAUAUCACAGCCAUUUCUGAGGACACGCUGUAACGGUGAACCCAAAGACUCAAACACUCAGGAAUUACGUACACUCUUUUAGUCUCUGUGCCUGAAGUGUCUUGUUGUAUUUAUUUAUUGUAAAUCAUAAUCUUUUGUUUUUAUCCUUUUUUUUUUUACUCCUAGCGUUCAGUUUUCAUACAAACCUCUACAAAAGUUGUAGCAUUAAUUAUAUUAAGGUGGCCACAAUAAUGCUGAGCUGCUCAGAUUGGAAGAAUAGGAAGAUCAAGCAUUUCCCUGUAAUGUACAGCAGUCAUGUAGGUUUUAGAAAUAAUAUUAUUCAUUUUCCUUUCGCUUAGUCCCUUUAUUAAUCUGGGGUCGCCACAGCAGAAUGAACCGCCAACUUAUUCAGCAUAUGUUUUACUCAGCAGAUGAAAUAAUAUUAAUCAAGUCCAAUUAUAAACCUCUAAUGAUAGUAUGCAAGUAUUUAAAGGAAUAGAUCACCAAAAAUAUCAUUCAUUCAUUUAUUCAUUCAUUCAUUCAUUUUCUUUUCAGCUUAGUCCCUGUAUUAAUCAGCGGUCGCCACAGCGGAAUGAACCGCCAACUUAUGCAGCAUAUGUUUUAUGCAGCUGAUGCUCUUCCAGCUGCAACCCAUCACUGGGAAACACCCAUACACACUCAUGCGCGCACACAUACACUACGGACAAUUUAGCUUACCCAAAUUAUCUCUACCACGUCUUUGGACUUGUAGGGGAAACCGGAAUACCUGGAGGAAACCCAUGCGAACAUGGGGAGAACAUGCAACCUCCACACAGAAACGCCAACUGAUCCAGCCGAGGCUCAAACCAGCGACGUACCUUUCCAAAAAAAAUCUAAAUUGUAAUCAUUUACUAACCCUCCACUUGUUCCAAACAUACGAGUUUCUUCUGAUUAACAGAAAAGACAUUUAUAAGAGAGAGAGAGAAAAAAAGCUGGAAACCUGUAGCCAUUGACUUUCAUAGAAUUUUUACUAGUGUAGAUGGCAAUAGUCACCAGUAUCCAACAUUUUUCGAUUUCUUUGUUUAGUGGAAAAAAAGAAAGUCAUAAAGGGUUGGAACCAUAUGAGAAAGCUUAAAUUGUGAGUAAAUGUUCAUGUUUACUCACAAAACGGUAUGCAAUUUAUUUUUCUGCAACACAAAAGAUGGUUUUGCUAGGGCUGGGUGAUUAAUUGAAAGGUAAUCGAAAUCGACAUUUAUCAAUCAAUCAAAUUUUUCCAGGUCGUUUUUUUUUUUUCAAUUACUUUUGCUACUGCGUGUGGAGUCACGUGACGCCGAUCUGUUAAAGCUGCACUUUUCUCCCCAUAGACUUCCAUUCAUACACAUGUGAAUGCAUCAAACCGGAAUCACAAGCUUGUGCGACAAGUUUCACAGUUCGCUGCGUUGGAAAGUUUAAACUUGGUGAACUCUGACCUGUGAAAUCGCAUCACUUGACUACGUGAGGCCAAUAGAGGAUAAAAACAUGACCUCUCUGGACAGAAAUUUAAAAUAUGGACCAAAUCGCUCGCUUUUUAAAAUGUCUAAUCUUGUGGUUUAAUCUUUCCCUUUUUCGCAGCACCGUACAACAGAAUUUCGCAUGCUCAAACUAGUGUGACUGCAGCUUAAGACUGAUUUAUACUUUUGCGUAGAGUGCACGUGUAUGGUGCGGCACAGCCUUUGUGUGGUCAUAUCCCCGUGCACCUCUCAAAAAAAUGUAACUACACAUCGCGACGAUGCGUAGCGCAGGCUUUGGGGAUUAGUCGGUUUGAUAACAGUGACAAGCGUGGACGGCAUGGAUUAUUAUAGGUUGUUCAAUGUUGAUGACAGUAGAUGGUGUGUGGUUCAACUUGUCAGUGAAUUAUGAGGGCAUAAAAAUUAAAUGAAUAUAAUAAUUAUUAACCAUAAUCGAGUUACACUGUUCAAUUAAUCAAGAUUUAGAUUUUAGGGCAAAUCGCCCAGCCCUAGGUUUUGUAAUAGGAGAUGUGGAAUGUGGAUAAUCAAGAAGUUGCCGUGACCCCCAAAGUAUUAGAACAAUAUUCAGAAACUGGUGCUGCAAAUUCUUCAAAAUGAUCUUCUUGGAGUUCAGCCAUGUUUCAAGCAACUUGAAGUAGAUUAAAUGCCAUUUUAAGUCAAGUCUCUUUAAAACAGCGUCUCAUCCCAAACUAAAGCUAUCCAUGUAAAAUUAUCCAAGCCUUCAUAUUUCAGAUCAACCUAGUCAGAGUUAUGUUACAUAAAAACUCUUGGCUCUUCCCCCAGCUUUAUAAUGGCAGUGAAUGGUGCUCGAGAAAAUGUAAUAAGAAAAAUGUUUUUCUUGAGACCAAUGCAUUAGAGAGAAUUUGGGACUGUUAUUACUAUUAAAA